GUAUGCCUCUUUUGACUGACGGGGGCCUAAAAUCGCAUUGACAGAUUAUUGACAGCGCGUCUUUCACCCUCGUCUUCGCGGUCCCGAGUCUUAUUACUUGUCCGUCUGCGCCAAGACAUCUUCUGUCAAUGGCUUAAUCUGUAGAGAACAUUCCUUUCCGACAGUAUUUAAGCUUCCUCAUUUAAGACCGGCAUUCCUUUCGCAAACGCGAAUCCCCUCUGUACAAGUGGAUUUAUUCCGUAAUCCUUGACACGUCUGAUCUUCACCUUUCCUCAUACAUUCUCGUAACACAUAAACACCAAUCCAUGAUUGCUCGGCCUACUUUCGCCGUCGGUCCGCGCCGGCUGGCUCUGCUGCUUUUUGCCCUCCUAUAUCUCGCAGCGCCAGCCGCUGCACAAAACUCGACGAGUGAUAACAUUCUGAAUGGCUUCGGCCAUGCGGGCGAACUCGUCGCCCAGCGCGCUGUCCUAGGCGCCAUCACCAUCGCUCUCGGCGUCUACCUCCUGCUUCUAGGCGAGCGGUUAUGGAAACUCACCCUCUUCUGCGCCGGGUUCUUCAUCACCGCCCUCGCUGGCUACCUCAUCCUCGUCAACGUCGAGCCCUCCAGCGGCUACCCCAACCACUCCACCACCAUCCUCCUCGGGUCCCUCGCCUGCGGCGUCGUCGGCGGCGGCCUCGCCAUCUGUCUCUGGCGUCUCGGCAUCGUCUUCCUCGGCGCCGGCGCUGGCUUCCUAUUCGGGAUGUUCCUCCUCUCCUGGCAAAGCGGGGGCAUCAUCGACUCAUCAAAUGGUCGUAUCAUCCUUUUGGCCAUCACCACCGGCCUCGGGUUGUUUGCGGCGGGCUUCUUGCAGAAACGGGCAUUGAUUGUUGCGACGAGUAUCGCGGGGGCUUAUAGUUUGAUGUUUGGCAUUGACUGUUUUGUGAGGACGGGGCUUGUGGAGAGUUUUGGCGCGUUUCUGGUCAAGCCGGAGAAUUAUAGUCAUACGAGUUUCGUAUUGACUUGGCAAGUAGGCCUCAUGCUCGGCUCGAUGGUGCUCAUCGCCUUCAUCGGCACGGUAAUACAAUGGAAGUUCACCAAAAGCAGAGGAUGGUGAACGGACAAUGUUUCGUCUGGUGGGGGAAUAACCCUCCCACCGCUCACUACCCUCGUAACAAUCGCACACGUCUUCAGAACAUGCUUUCAGAACAGAACCCGUAUCAUCACCAACUUCACCCCAAUCUCUUACAGUAAUGCAUCGCAUCACACGGCAGGCUUUUUUCAAAGCAGCGCCACUCAGUACUUUCACUUCAACAAUCUACCUCAUAUUUCCUCUUCAGUGCUGAAAUCAGACCAUU